CCAAACUUGCCAGAGAGAGAGAAAUGUCUUGUUUCUUCAGGAAGGGUGGGGUGGAAUAGAUCAGAUCGGAUCGAGAUCGAAGAACAAGGGGGAAGGAAGGAAGGGGUGGAAUUGAAGAAGAUGGGGACGAUGAGGAGGGUGGUGAAGGAGAAGAGGUUCUGGGUCGCCUCCUUCCUCCUCGUCUGGGCUGCCGCGCUCCAGGGGCACAUGAUGUGGAUGCAGCGCCAGGACGCCUUCAAGCAAAAGUUCCCCUCCAACUCCAACCACGACGACGACCUCGCCGGCGCCGACUCCUAGCUAGGCAGCUACUCCUUCCAUUCCAUCCCAUCUAGGGCUUACUGUACUACCCCAGUAGUGGAGCUCCUCCCCUCUACAGUAGUACUUACUUUCUUCUUCAUCACUUGAUGGGUAGUAGUACUCCGUAGUAGCUAAUGAUCGUUGAAAACGAGUACUACGUGUUUGAUGAAUCGCCUGCCUGCCUAAUUGAAUUGCUUCUUACAUACUCCUACUCCGUAGUUUGCUGCUUUGUUGGAUUCAGGCAGCUUAUUAGUAGGAGUAUUAAACUGUCUUGUAUGGACUCACUCGCUCACACCUUCCAUUAGAUUUACAUUUUGGUUUUGGAUCGAUUAAUUCAUGUCCUUCUCCUUCCUUCCUCCUACUACGGUACGGUUCAACGCGCAAACAUUGGAGUAACAUUUAACACUGGGCCUGGCCUGGAACAAUGGAUCUUGACAUCUUCUUCAUUUGGAUGCCGUGGUGGCCGACAUGUUGAUCGGGUAAACUGCUCGCUCUCUAAGUAGAAACUGCAAUGCACACAGCUACUGCUUGAACAAGCCAACCCAACCCAAUUAAUCGGUUCAUACUUCAUACAACUAGUAGUAUGAUAGUAUGCGGCAUAGCAUAGCACAGAUCCACGGGGACGACUGAUUCCAGGUCAAUUAAUCGCAGACGGACGGACGUGCAGUGCAUACAGUACAUGCAUACAACUUCAGUUUCUAUACAAUACAGCUCUGUCCCAACUUCCGAUACAUACAUAUUCAACUGACUAGACUUGGUCUCUCUCUCUCGCCCUGCCCUGUAGGUAAGGAAGGAAAGGAAGAUAGAUAGAUAGAUAGAUAGAUAGAUCGAUCGAUCAUUCUCUCUUCCAACCGUCUUCCCAUGCUGACUCAGCAAUUACUCAACACUUUUAGGCCUGCCUCUGCCUCUGCCUCUCUAUAAAAACCGCCAGAGUAGACAAACCAUCCAUUGCAUGCUUGCUUCCAUCUGAUCUUCUUCUUCCCUGUCCUGACACAGCCUAAUUAGGAGAUCAAGCUCAUCCAAUCCAAGCAGCAACACAACACACAACGUCUCAACUUGGCUUGUUUCAUCGAGCAACAGCAAGCUCCAUUUAAGAUUUGAUUCAAUAUUCCAUUUCCAUGGCUCCCCCUCUCCAAGUCGCGACCACCGCGAGCUCCUCCACCCGCGAGGGGAAGGCACCAGCUCUCAAUGAGAGGAUACUCUCAUCCAUGUCCAAGAGAUCUGUUGCAGCACACCCAUGGCAUGACCUUGAGAUUGGACCUGAGGCACCCACCAUCUUCAACUGUGUCAUCGAAAUACCGAGAGGCAGCAAGGUCAAGUAUGAACUUGAUAAGAAAACCGGGCUCGUAAAAGUAGACCGAGUUCUCUACUCUUCAGUCGUCUAUCCUCACAACUAUGGGUUCAUUCCUCGCACGCUGUGCGACGAUAGUGAUCCUUUGGAUGUGCUGGUCAUAAUGCAGGAGCCAGUUAUCCCAGGAUGCUUCCUACGGGCAAAGGCCAUCGGUGUCAUGCCAAUGAUCGAUCAGGGAGAGGCAGAUGAUAAGAUUAUUGCAGUCUGUGCUGAUGAUCCUGAGUACAAGCAUUACAACGAUAUCAAGGACCUCCCACCUCACCGCUUAGCUGAAAUCAGGCGUUUCUUCGAGGACUACAAGAAGAAUGAGAAUAAGGAGGUGGCUGUCAACGACUUCAUGCCUGCCACUUCUGCUUAUGAGACCAUACGCCAUUCCAUGGAUCUAUAUGCUACUUACAUCCUUGAGGGCCUACGCAGAUAGGAGGUGCCUUGUCACUGCUGGAAGAUGUUGACGAAAAAACAUGGACACAUUGCAUUAUAUACGUAUAUAAUACCAUUCUUUCUUACUAUAGAUAAUUUGUAGCCUUGAUGGCAGUACGCCCGACCGAUAAAUAUUCUUUUCCCAGCUCAUAUAUGUGAUAUGAAUAACUGAUUGAGCAAAAUAUGACAUGCUUUGGAAAUUUUGGAUGAA